AUGUCAUUUCUCGGAGGCGCCGAGUGUUCAACCGCCGGCAACCCGCUCAGCCAGUUCACGAAACACGUACAAGAUGACAAGUCGCUACAACGAGAUCGCCUGGUCGGCCGGGGGCCGGGCAUGCAGGAGGGCAUGCGAAGUCAAGCUAUGCCGGGCGGCCAAGAGCAUAUGAUGGACGAGUUCAUGCGCGAGCAAUCCCACCUCCCCCAACCUGCCGGUCCGGCGUCGCCCUUCGCCAUGGAGCAGAUGCGGCGAGAGCUGGAGCAAGCUUCGCGCGCCCAACACAAUGCCUCGCCCGCUUGGGCCGCUGAAUUCGAUGCCGGUAGAGAAGCAAGCCCGGUCGGUCCUGCCUUCCAGAGCGCACGCCCAGGAUUCAGCGCCGCCGAGUUUGCCAGGUUCGAGGGGACAAGCGCACCUGGUAGGACGGCAAGCCCGGUCACGAGCGGACCCGCUGGAAUGAUGGGAUACCAGCGCCCCAUGUACGGCAUGGGUAUGGGCAUGGGAAUGGGCAUGGGCAUGGGAAUGAUGGGGUCCCCCAUGAUGCACAGCCAACAAUUUCAGCAGGCUCCGCAAGAGUCCAAGGGCAAGGAGCGGAUGGUCGAACUUGAUGACAAGGACUGGGAAGCCCAGUUUGCACAACUCGAGUCGACAAACCAGCAGGACAUGGACGCUCUGGACAAGGAAGCAAACGCGGCAAUGGAGGCAGAGUUGAAUGACAUAGACAGGUCAGUCCUCUCCGAGACUAACGAGUUUGGCGAUUUUGAAAGCAUUUGGCGGGGCAUUCAAGCUGAGACCGCAAAUGCCAGGGCUCUCGUGGAAGACGAAUUCACCAAGAAUCUGCACAUGGGCGAUCUGGAACAGUGGGAGGGCUUCGAUGGCCUAAAUACGCAUUCCUCUCUGCGCGAUCCGAACAUGGGCGAUUACAUGUUCGAGCAAACGAACCCUUUCAAGGAUGUUACCGAUCCAUUUGCAGAAGGUCUCGCUAUCCUGCAGAAUGGCGGAAAUUUGUCCUUGGCAGCGCUUGCUUUCGAGGCAGCAGUGCAGAAGGAUCCUCAACAUGUCGAGGCGUGGACGAAACUAGGCGCAGCCCAGGCACAGAACGAGAAGGAGUCUCCAGCGAUCCGAGCCCUAGAGCAAGCCAUGAAGCUCGAUCCUAACAAUCUCGAGGCUCUCAUGGGUCUCGCCGUCUCUUAUACGAAUGAGGGUUACGACAGUACCGCUUACAGGACAUUGGAAAGAUGGCUUGCCACAAAAUACCCGCAGCUCAUCAAGCCUGAAGACGUCUCCACUGCCGCUGAUGUAGGAUUCACAGACCGGCAUCUCCUGCACGAGAAAGUGACAGACUUGUUCAUCAAGGCCGCGCAACUCUCGCCGUCUGGGGAGCAGAUGGACCCAGACGUCCAGGUCGGGCUGGGUGUGCUUUUCUACGGCGCCGAGGAGUACGACAAGGCCGUCGACUGCUUCGGCGCCGCGCUAGCCAGCACGGAAACCGGCACCAGCAACCAGCAGGACCAGGUACACCUGCUGUGGAACCGGCUGGGCGCAACGCUGGCAAACUCAGGGCGCAGCGAGGAAGCCAUCGAUGCGUACGAGCGCGCGCUGGCGCUGCGGCCGAACUUCGUGCGCGCACGCUACAACCUCGGCGUCAGCUGCAUCAACAUCGGCUGCUACGACGAGGCGGCACAGCACUUGCUAGGCGCGCUCGCGAUGCACAAGGUGGUUGAGCAGGAGGGCCGCGAGAAGGCGCGCCAAGUGGUGGGCGACAACGUGGACGAGGCGGAGCUCGACCGGAUGAUCAGCCAAAACCAGAGUACCAACUUGUACGACACGCUCCGGCGGGUGUUCAGCCAGAUGAACAGGCGGGACCUGGGCGACAUGGUUGGCCCAGGCAUGGACAUCGAGAGGUUCAGGCAGGAGUUCGAGUUCUGA